AUGGGUUGUUGUGAGAGCUCUUCAGACAACGGUUUAUCAACUUCGUACAAUUUAAAUGCAUCCUCUCCUCUUACACCCGAUGAAACAAGACUGUUCAAACAAAUUCUAAAUGAAAUACCUCUUCAUUGUCAACAGGCUAUCAUUGAUUUACCACGGCGUCAAUUUCUUGAUAUAUAUCGAUAUAAAAUAAUAGCUAGUUAUCAUUUCAGGCGAAUGGAAUUUCAGCUUGCAAUUCUCUACGAAAGUAAAGCAAUACAUGGUUUACAAGUUCUGUUGCUCGAGCACAAAGAUCAUUUCAUCUUUAUUGAUAUGUACAGUACACUUGCCACAUGUUUAUCAGUAAUCGGUGAAGUGUCGGCAGCUAUAGAAGCAAACCAAAUGGCUCUAGAUAUGCUACUAAAACAUACACCUACGAAUUAUCAAACAAUCAGCUGGAAAUAUUUCGGUUUGGCUUCUUGCUAUUUGGAAGGCAAAGCAUGGGAUAUUGCUGCUGCUAAUUUUCGUAUUGAUAAUGUUGCUAUUUUUCUGGGAUAUGGUAAUGGACGUUUUACUAAUGCAGUAACUUAUUCAACUGGCAAAAACUCGGAUCCAAGUGCAAUUUUUGUUGCAGAUUUUAAUUCUGAUAAUCAAACUGAUCUUGCUAUUGCAAAUUCUGGUAGUGGUAAUGUUGGUAUUCUUUUUGGAAAAGCUGAUGGAACUUUCCAAUCUAUUAUUACUUAUUCAACAGGUUUUCAAUCUCAUCCAGAUUCAAUAGUUUGUGGUGAUCUUGAUAAUGAUACUUAUUUAGAUAUUGUCAUAGCUGAUUCCAGUUCCGAUAAUAUUGCUAUUUUAUAUGGAUAUAAAAAUGGAACAUUUGGAACAGUAAUAUCAUAUACCGAUAUUACAUUUUCAAAUCCAUCUGGAUUAGCUUUAGGUGAUGUUAAUUAUGAUAAUUAUCUUGAUAUUAUUAUUACAAAUUUUGGUACUGAUAAUGUUGGAAUUCUUACAGGAUAUAAUAAUCGUAGUUUUAGGUUAGGUCGAUCAUAUCCACUUACUAUUGGAUCUAAUCCUAAAGGUGUUGCUCUGGGUGAUUUUAAUAAUAAUACUCGAUGGGAUAUUUUUAUUGCUGAAUCAGGUAUUGGAACAAUAAAUUAUUUAGUUAGAUAUAUUUCUGCAGAUUUUCAAAAUAUACUAACACAUUCAACUGGCAUUAGUAUACAUCCGUAUGCAGUUAUUAUUGCUGAUUUCAAUAAUGAUAAUAAAUCCGAUGUUCUUUCUGUUAAUUCAGCAAUUGAUACUAUUGGAAUUUUUUUGAGUUAUGGCAAUGGCACAUUUACAUCAGAGACAAUGUUUUCUGUUGGACAAGGUUCACAUCCAGUAUAUGCUGCUGUUGCUGAUUUUAAUCACGAUAAUAUACUCGAUAUUGCUACUGCUAAUUCAUACAAUAAUAGUAUAAGUAUAAUUUAUGGUUUUGGUAAUGGUAGUUUUACUAAUUUAACAAAAUAUUCAUUAGAUAUUGGUUCACAACCAAAUUCAAUAGCUAUUUGUGAUUUGAAUAAUGACGAUGUAUUUGAUUUUAUUAUUGCUGAGACAGGAAGAGAUAGUAUUGGUAUACUUCUUGGUUAUGAAUAUAAUUCAUUUGAAGAUCAAAUAACUUAUUCAAAUCAAUUUAGUUUAAGACCAUCAUCAAUAAUAUCUCGUGAUUUUAAUAAUGAUACUUAUUUAGAUAUUGCUGCUGCAUUUGCUGCUAAUGGUAGUGUUGGAAUACUUUAUGGUUAUAAUAAUGGGUCAUUUCGUGAAUUAAUAAUGUAUUCAGUUGGUUAUAAUUCAUAUCCAUAUGAAAUUGUUAGUGCAGAUGUUAAUAAUGAUAAUAUCUUAGAUAUUAUUGUAGCAAAUGCUGGUUCGAAUACGGUUGGUGUUUUGAUAGGAUUGAAUAAUGAAAUGUUUGCACCUGUAAUGUUAUUUUCUACUGGAAAUAAUUCAAGUCCAUAUGGUGGUACUGCAGGUGAUUUUAAUAAUGAUAAAAAUAUAGAUUUUGUUGUUGCAAAUUAUCUUGGUAAUAGUAUUGGUGUUUUAUUGGGCUUUGGAAAUGGAUCAUUUGCUGUAGUUAUGAUAUAUUCAACUGGGGAUGGAUCACGUCCACAAUCAAUUGCUAUUAGUGAUUUUAAUCAAGAUAAUAUAUUAGAUAUUGUCGUAGCAAAUUAUCGUCUAAAUAAUAUCGGAAUUUUUCUGGGGAGGGGUGAUGGAACUUUUGAAAAUCAAAUUACAUAUUCAACUGGAUAUAAUUCCAUGCCUACAUUUAUUAUUGUUAAUGAUUUUAAUAAUGAUAAUAAUUCUGAUGUUGUUAUUUGUAAUACAAAUACGGGUGAUAUAGGAAUUUUCUAUGGAUAUGGAAAUGGAACAUUUACAUCAGUUAUAUUAUAUUCAACUGGAGAUGGUACUAGUCCUCGUGCCAUACGAUCGGGGGAUUUUAAUAAUGAUAAUUCAAUGGAUAUUGUUGUUGCAAGUCCUGGAACAAAUCGUAUAUUGAUACUUUAUGGAUCAGGUAAUGGACAAUUUUUAGUAGGACCCACUUUUUCGACUGGAUCAAAAGCGGGAACAAUAUCAUUGGCUGUAGGUGAUUUCGAUGGAAAUGGUCUAUUAGAUGUUACAACUGCUAAUUAUUUAGGAAAUAAUAUUGGUGUACAUAUAAGUUCUGGUAUUCAACAUUUCGGACGUGAAACGAUAUAUCCUACUGGUGAGGGGUCACGACCAUAUGCAGUGGCUGUUAGUGACUUUAAUCAUGAUAAUCAAAGUGAUUUAGUUGUAGUUAAUUAUGGUACAAAUAAUAUAGGUAUUUUCUUUGGUUUUGGGAAUGGAACGUUGAGCACAAUAGUUUUAUAUUCAAUGGAAAAUAAUGCUCAUCCAACAGCAGUUGCUAUUGCUGAUUUAAAUCGUGAUAAUAAUUCGGAUAUUGCUGUUGUUAAUUCUGGUUCGAAUAAUAUAUAUAUUUUUCUUGGAUCUAUUAAUGGAAUAUUUUCUCUUAUAACAAUAUAUUCAACUGGUUUAGAUUCUCGUCCAUAUGGAAUUACAAUUGCUGAUUUCAAUAAUGAUCAUAUAUUGGAUAUUAUUGCUGCAGUUGCUGACGCAAAUGAAGUUCUAUUAGUGCAAGGAUAUGGAAAUGGAACAUUUGGAAAUCAAACAUUAUAUACAAUGGGUUAUAAUUUUGAACCUUAUGCAGUUGCUGUUGGAUAUUUCAAUGGAGAUAAUUGGUUAGACAUUGCUGUUGCCAAUUAUGGAGCGGAUUAUAUAGAAAUUCUAUUAAAAACAUGUUAA